GUAAGGUAGUGGGCCCGUACGAUCUGCUCGACGGAGUUAGGCAUUGCCGUGACGGCAGGCCAUCAGUACAGGAUGCGGCUGCCCCCGUACCGGCGUGGCCAAAUGGCGUCGCAACAGGAAAAAGGAAUCUGCCUACCCGGCUCGACCUCUCGGGCAUCUGCUACUCUCGGACAGAUUCCCUCUUCCCUCGGGUGCUUUGCUCUGCGCGGCAGAGAGAUCGAACCAGUGGCGGCGGCACAGGCGCUGGGAGAUGCAUUCGAGUUCCUAUCAGAUCUGGUUAACAGAUUCCCUCUUCCCACGUUGGGUGGUGAAUACACGCGGCCGGCGCAGCCGGUUGCAGAUCCGGUGGACGCAGUAGCCGAGUCCAGCAUUGCUGAUGUUGGUGAUGCCUCGCCGGCGCGGCAGCCAGACCUGAACGACGCUUGCGCGUCCAGCAACUUGUUCGCACCGGAUUCAAAACAGUCAAUGUGCAGGGACGACCCGCAGGCACCGUUCUGGACGAAGAGGUGUUUUAUCAUAAUUGCCACACGCAUGUCAAGUCAUAUACUCGUGCCGCCGUUUUGUGUGCACAGGGAGAACAUCACUACCGACUCCGUCAGUGUGAGGCCUACUUCAAGUCAACUGUAAAAGGCGCCCAACAGUGAGUGCCCUUCCGCCUCGCUUCGGUCCUCGACGGUGUGUGCUUGCAUUUUUUUUUCUGAAAGGGAAAAUGCAUUCAAGGGAUGAGGGCAUACCACAGGUUGGUUUAUAGUAGGCGCGUUUGGCUAUGUUUGGCUGUGACAUGGUCUUUCUUUUGUGUUCCUUGAUCUAGUGACUAUUGUUAUGUCGUUUAUAGCAAGAGCAUUUACCAGCAUGGAGAUGAUCUUUUCUAAAUAAUGCAUGUUUCCUUAUGUGCAAGAUAUGGUGGCAUCUCCAUUCAACAUCUUCAAGGUCCAUUGGUUAUCGUGCCACAACUGUGUCAUACGUUUAGUAAUUUCAAAUUAUUUUCACUAUUGAACCGGGGUAAGAUCUGCUUGUACCAAACCCGGCCCAGCAAAGAAAAUUUAUUAGGUUGGCGAGAUUUUUUUUUUUUGAGGAAUGAGGGCUCUAUAAAUUAAACAUGUGAAACUGCAUUUCGUGGGAUUUCCUUUAUGACAUGCUUAGUGCUCUUGCCGGCACGCCCUUGCGGUUGUCCUCGCGGUCACCACGAUGAAGGUUUCUGGGCGCCAACCGUAGCCUCCCAGUGUGUGCGCAGUUGAAGGCUUGGUUGGGUGCGCGUGGCAUCAUCUGCGUCGGCCUCCCGCUAUGCAAUAACAGAGAUAAGCCUGGUGUUGCUUUGCAUUUGGUGGAUAUUAUUGGAUCCGACUUAGGAUUUGUUUUUGUGUAUUUGCAUGUGGACUAUCCCAAAAAAAUCUAUGAAACGUGGAAGGGUGAGGUUAAGUUUGCGUGUAAAUCUCAAUCAGAAGUACAUAUUCAGUGAUAUUCAUUACAUGAUAAUAAUCGGGGUUUUUUUUCGAAGAAUGACAGUAAUGUUUCAUUGAGCCAUGCAGCAAACAGAGCAACCUCGAUGAUUCAGGUGUGUAGAACCUGAACCGCUCACCGGCGUUCUGUCCACGGCUUAGGUGACUACGUUACUGCCGCAGUACGGGCAUGUGAGAAUGGCUAGAGCGACAAUAUCUUGGGCCUGGUUUGCUUUCGGCAUCUCAUACGACUAGAAGUGGCCGUUCCGAGUCCCCAUGUAUGCAUAUGAUGUUUGCGGACGCGACGCCAGGGCUUAGGGCCAAUUCUUUUGGACGGCUUAAAAAAUAAGCUACCUCUCCCUAGCUUAAAAAAUAAACCGGUCCCAAAAAAAUUUGAGGCUUUUAAAUUAGUUAUCCCAUAACUAGUUCAAAAGCCCCAAUGAAUAAUGGAUACGGCUUAUGAGAAAAGCUGGGGAGGAGGCGGCUUAUUUUUUAAGCCGCCAAAAGAACUGGCAGGCGCCGCAGCCGUGGCCGCCAGGGAAUGUUUGUUCCCCUCGUCUUCGGCUGCCAUCUUGGCACUAAGAGGUCAUGGGACCUCGCAUCUUCAAGAGUUGUACGUUUUUCGUCAUCGUCUAUUGAUCAUCGUUUUUGUAAGAAUAAAUUUGCUUUUGUUCUUUUGGCGGUGCCAUGAUAUUAUAGAGUUUUCUGUUCUCACGGAUCCGACUCUUCAGAUCUGGUGAAUUUACAUUGGUGUGACCAUUUUUUUUGUUGGUUUGAUUCUUUGUGAAGUUGAAAUCUUUCAUCGACAUCGUGGUGAAGAUAUUGUGAUUCGACGGCCUGCACUUUUUUAGGGAAUCAUCCCAGCCUCAAGAAACGUCUACUUUGCAUAUUCGACGGGCUUGACUAGAGAACCCUUUCCUCCUCCACAAGAAACGUCUCCUUCCUCCUCCCGUCGGCGCCGCCGUAGAUCCGCCCCGCCUCCGAUGGCCUUUGGCCUAUGGAGGUGCGGAGGAUCUCGGCCCCCCGCCGGCGGGAGGGACCCCGUUCUUGUUUUUGCUAGGUUGAACGUCUUGGUUGGGGCUGUUUGGCGGCGGCGAUGUCCCUCCGUAGCAAUAAUGUCUCCCACGUCCUAUCUCCGCCCCGAUGGUGCGAAUAGCGUUGUCGGAGGAUGUGUGGAGGUGUGUCUCCGUCGGAUCUCAUGGGAUUCGGUCGGUGCUGGUCUUCGGUGGAUCUCUUUGGAUCCAGUUUUUGUUUGUCUUCGUUCGUGUGGUUCCAGGUUUGAUCUUUCCAAUCUACAACUCUCUUCAUCGGCGAUGGUUGCUGCUCCGGUGUGUUGGUCCUUUGGGGCCUUAGCACGACGACUUCCCGACUGUCUACUACAACAAGGUUUGCCCGGCUCCGGUGAUGGAGGGGUGAUGACGGCGGCGCGCCUUCGGCUCGCUCCAGUGCUUGUAGUCGUCGCUAGGUGGUUCAUAGACCUAGUUGUAAUUUUUAUUACCUCUUGUGUUCUCUGUACUGCCAUGAUUGAUGAAUAGAUUGGAAAUUUCUCUCGCAAAAAAAAUAAAGGCUUUUCAUCUUUUUGGAUGGACGACUCAAGGCGUUUUCAAAAACUAUUAUUGAUAAUGUUCGUGUGGGUGAAAUAGUGACAAGCACGUUGCUUCGGUCCAAUUGCAGUCUUUUUACCGAAGUCUUUGAAGCAUUUUUCCUAGCAGAGCUUGAUACCGUGAAGGUGUUUUCAAGAGAUUUUAUUAUAGUUCUUAGUCAUAAUAGUUAUUUUGUAUUUUGUUAGAUUUUAGAUAUGAAUCAGUGUAUAUAAAAUUACAUGUGUUUCUCAAAAAAAAGUGGCUGUUCCAGGAAUUCAAGUUUGUGAUGUCAUUUAAACUUGUGAUGUCAAACACAUAUAUAUUGACAAACUUUAUACUACCAUCUUUUGCACAA